AUGCCCCCGCGUCACCAAACCCUGCCACCGGCGCAGACCUCGUCGGCUCGCGCGGCCCUUCAGUCCUUCUACUGUGACCUGUGCUCGAAAGGAUACUCUCGCAUGAACGACUACGAAGCCCAUCUCGGUAGCUACGAUCACAGUCAUCGACAACGCAUGAAGGACAUGAAGCAGAUGGUCAAGGAUCCUACCGCUGGGGCACGCGCUCGCCGCGCCGAGGCGAAGGCGGACGGUCUGAUCAGCAUCAAGCUCGGAUCUGGCGGUGGGGAUGACAAUAGCAAUAGCAAUAGCAACGAUGGGAAGGGAACUGCGACGGGGUUUAAGAAGGGCGGGUUCAAGAAAUCUGGGUUCAAGAGCGCUUUUGCACCCGUCAGCGGUAGUAGUGCAGCUGGCGCUGAGGAUGUUGGCGCCGAUACGGAGAAGGCCCCUAUGAUUCCCGGCCGAGCAGACUUGUCAAGAACAGCGAUAGAUCUCAACGCUGAAAGCGAUACGGAUGAUGAAGGCUACGAAGUAUACGACCCUAGAUUACCAACCGACUGA